UCGGACCCUCCUCGUCUUUCUCCCAUCUGCGUUCAAAUUAAGCAGUGGGAAGAGACCUAAAACUAAAAGCACAAGCAAAAAGAAGAAGAAAGUUGGGGUUGGAGCUAAUCUUCAGCGCUGCGCUGCGAAUUCGAUUGGCAGUGAUUUCGGAUACGAUUACGAGGGAAAGAGAAGACUGCAGAAAGAGAGAGAUUGCAUUAUGCAAACAGAGGCAAGAGUUGGAGUGGUGGUAGAGGGAGGGGGGCAGAGAGCUCUGAAUUCGGGCCACGCCGAUGGCGGUGCAAGGAAGUUCUCACAGCAGCAGCAACAGCCAUUGCACCAGCAAUCUCAGAUCGGAACGGUAUCGCAGCUCCUUGCUGGAGGCGUUGCCGGCGCUCUCAGUAAGACCUGUACGGCGCCGCUUGCUCGGCUCACUAUUCUCUUCCAGUUGCAAGGUAUGCACUCUGAUGUUGCGACUUUGCAAAAGGCGAGCAUAUGGCAUGAGGCUUCGCGGAUUGUUGGUGAAGAAGGAUUCAGAGCUUUUUGGAAGGGGAAUCUGGUUACAAUUGCUCAUCGUCUACCUUAUUCUUCUGUCAGUUUUUAUGCAUAUGAGCACUAUAAAAAGCUACUAAAGAUGAUUCCAGGACUGGAGAGCCGAAGAGAAAAUAUGGGUGCAGACAUUUGUGUACAUUUUGUAGCUGGUGGUUUGGCUGGAAUAACAGCUGCUUCAGUUACUUAUCCAUUGGAUCUUGUAAGGACACGCCUUGCAGCUCAGACAAAUGUGAUAUACUACAGAGGUAUUUGCCAUGCUUUACAAACUAUUAGCAAGGAGGAGGGUAUUUUGGGUCUAUAUAAGGGGCUUGGAGCAACACUCUUGGGUGUUGGGCCAAGUAUAGCAAUCAGUUUUUCAGUAUAUGAGACCUUGAGAUCUUUCUGGAAAUUGCAUAGACCUGAUGAUUCUACUGUCCCUGUAAGUCUGGCUUGUGGAAGUCUUUCAGGAAUUGCAUCAUCAACAGCAACAUUUCCUCUGGAUCUUGUGAGGCGCCGAAAGCAAUUGGAAGGGGCAGGAGGCCGACCUCGUGUCUAUACAACAGGCCUUUUUGGUACUUUUAGGCACAUAACCCGGACUGAAGGCUUGCGUGGGUUGUAUAGAGGGAUUCUGCCCGAAUACUACAAGGUGGUUCCUGGUGUAGGUAUAUGUUUUAUGACUUAUGAGACACUGAAGAAGCUUCUUGCUGAUAUAACGGACCGUUUAUAGUUGUCACCUACGUCUCCGGGAGUUUGGUCUGUAUUCAAAAGGAAGGGUGGUUAAAUUGUUAUGUAAGCCAAUUUCUUUUCUUGGGUUUUCUCAUGGUGGUUUAUUGUAUGCUGCUGUGAGAAUUGCAUUUUUUGCAUGUAAAGAUACAGAACAGUAAACUCAGAUGGCUAUCUGUACGGAGGAAAUUGUUGUCCACAGAAUACUGAAAGAUGAUUAACUGGUGACCCAUUUUCAAAAUCACCAUUUUUAGUUCAA